AUGACGGUUCAGGAAAAUGCGUCUGCUGCUCCUGCUGCGGCUCCGGCUGCCCCAGCUCCUGCACAAGUAGCGCCGCCUGCCACCGCUGCUGCUACCGCUGCGCCCCAGGCUGCUGGUGUGCUGGCACCUCCCCGUGCUGCACCAGCCAUUCCAACUCGACAAUACCUUGAUCAAACGGUGGUUCCUAUUUUGCUGCAGGCUCUGGGAGCACUUGCGAAGGACAGACCGGAGAAUCCAAUCGACUUCUUGAUUAAUUUCUUGAUCAAGGAGAAGGAGCGCUAUCAGCCGUCAACGGAGAAUGUCUCAUGA